UUAUAAAUCUUACAACCAUGAUACUAUGAUAUGCCCCUACCGAGUGAAGCAUCAUUCAGCUAUCUUGGAAUUCCAAUCAAACCUGGUGGACUUAUUGACACUGCUGUCCUCAUUAAUCUCAACACUAAAAAAGCUGGAUCCUCUAUGAAUCAAAUUUCUUCUCUUGGAGUCAAUCACAAAGGGUUUAACCGCUUACUCUUAGUACGCUUCUACAGCCAAAUGAUACGAUCACAAAUGGAAUAUGGUCUUGCUAUCUGCACCUUGAACAGUAGUCACUUUACAAAACUUGAAGCUUGUCAAAAUGAAUGCAUUCGACGUAUUUUUGGUGGUUCUGCUAGAUCAUCAACCAAAGUAAUGCUGCACCUAGUACAACAACCUUCAAUGACAACCCGAGCUACUAUUCUGCAAGCCAAACACCUUAUUCGAUCAAUGCAACUACCCGACGAUACAUUACUGAACAAACUUCUACCUCAUCUUCAAAUGUCCAGCAGUCAUUCCCACUGGUAUAAACUAACAGUCAACCCACUCUGGAGAGAAUGUGCCCCUAUCUUGGACGAACUUGAUAGGAAGGUUUUCAAACGGCUCCGUCUGCGUUUUCAAAAAACUCAAUAUGAAAACCUCUGUCAGGGUUUAAAGUCCAAGCUUAUUCGUACAUGUCGUCCUCAUAUGAUCGUCGAUCCAAUUCUUUGGCUGCCCAUGACGAAUACGAAAAGAAGCCAAGUCCUCUGCUGGUGCCUCGGUUGGCUACCUGGCGGUAUACCUCGUUCAUGUCCCUAACAUCCUUCUCAAAUGUUCAGUUGUACUCAUUCGAUUGAAUGUCUACAUAUGCACCAUCGACUCCAAAUGCCAAGAACGGUCACCAACCCACUCUCCUUCCUGCUAAACCAACUACCUAUUAAAAAGCUAAAACACUCACAGGAUGUGGCUCCUUGGACAAUCCGUUGGCCAGCUAUUUGUAUCACUCUACAUGAAAUAGAUUACCUCUUUCAUGAAAAGCUACCUCCAGAUCCUCCCUCAGAACCUAAUUCACUACUGAUGAAAUAGUUACUCAACUAACAGUGCUAAUAUCCUUAUAUUGUUUAUGAAUUUUAUCUUACUAAUCUUUUUUUUUUCCAAUCACCUUAUUUCUGUCUAAAUCAUUAUAUUUAUUUUACCCUUUUACACAUAUACUUUUAUCCUUUUCCCUUUUGUCUCAAAAGAGGGUUUUUCUUACUUAUACACUAUUAGAACUGACUAGGGCAAUACAGCAGAUGAAAAAUGCUAUAUGCUCAUUUGG